AUUUCCUUGGCGGGCGGAAGCGGCCAGAACCAGACGAUUCCAAAGCUUACCAGGGGCUCUGGGAGCUCGCUGCUUCGCUCGGGACGGCUGGCCGCCUCGUGUGUGCUUCUACCCGGCCCCGCCCCCCCGGCUCUCCACCCCUCUGCCCCUCAGGUUCCUUUUGUAAUUUUGUAGAAACUUCCAGGAGGACUAUGAAAGAUUAUGAUGAACUUCUCAAAUACUAUGAAUUAUAUGAAACUGUUGGGACAGGUGGCUUUGCAAAGGUCAAACUUGCCUGCCAUAUCCUCACUGGAGAAAUGGUAGCUAUAAAAAUCAUGGAUAAAAAUGCACUAGGGAGUGAUUUGCCCCGGAUCAAAACGGAGAUUGAGGCCUUGAAGAACUUGAGACAUCAGCAUAUAUGUCAACUCUACCAUGUGCUGGAGACAGCCAACAAAAUAUUCAUGGUUCUUGAGUAUUGCCCCGGAGGAGAGCUGUUUGACUACAUAAUUUCCCAGGAUCGCCUAUCCGAGGAGGAGACCCGAGUUGUCUUCCGUCAGAUAGUAUCUGCAGUUGCUUAUGUGCACAGCCAGGGUUAUGCUCACAGGGACCUCAAACCGGAAAAUUUGUUGUUUGAUGAAUAUCAUAAAUUAAAACUGAUUGACUUUGGUCUCUGUGCAAAACCCAAGGGUAAUAAGGAUUACCAUCUUCAGACAUGUUGUGGGAGUCUUGCUUAUGCAGCACCUGAAUUAAUACAAGGCAAAUCAUACCUGGGAUCGGAGGCAGAUGUUUGGAGUAUGGGCAUACUCUUAUAUGUACUUAUGUGUGGCUUUCUACCAUUCGAUGAUGAUAAUGUCAUGGCUUUGUACAAGAAGAUUACGCGAGGGAAAUAUGAGGUUCCUAAGUGGCUCUCUUCUAGUAGCGUUCUGCUUCUUCAACAGAUGCUACAGGUGGACCCAAAGAAACGGAUUUCUGUGAAAAAUCUAUUGAGCCAUCCCUGGAUCAUGCAUGAUUACAACUGUCCUGUUGAGUGGCAAAGCAAGAAUUCUCUUAUUCACCUUGAUGAAGAUUGUGUAACAGAACUAGCUGUACAUCACAGAAAUAACAGGCAAACAAUGGAGGAUUUAAUUUCAUUGUGGCAGUAUGAUCACCUCACAGCUACCUAUCUUCUGCUGCUAGCCAAGAAGGCUCGGGGAAAACCAGUUCGUUUAAGGCUUCCUUCUUUUUCCUGUGGACAAGCCAGUGAUACCCCGUUCACAAACACCAAGUCAAAGAAUCUGAGUCUAGAAGAUAUGACAACAAGUGAUGAAAAUGAUGUGGCUGGAUUGAUAGACUAUGACUGGUGUGGAGACAGUUCAUCAAUAGGUGUGACCACCCCACAAACACCACAGUUUGCCAAGCAUUGGACAGAAUCAAAUGGUCUGGAAUCUAAAUCAUUAACUCCAGUAUUAUGCAGAGCAUCUGCCAAUAAAUUAAAGAACAAAGAGAAUGUAUAUACGCCUAAGUCUGCUGUAAAGAAUGAUGAGUGCUUUGUAUUUCCUGAGCCAAAGACUCCAGUUAAUAAGAACCAGCAUAAGAGAGAAAUACUCUCCACACCAAAUCAUUACACUACACCCUCAAAAGCCAGAAACCAGUGCCUGAAAGAAACUCCAGUUAAAAUGCCAAUAAAUUCAGCAGGAACAGAGAAGUUAGUGACAGGUGUCAUCAGCCCUGAGAGGCGAUGUCGCUCAGUGGAACUGGAUCUCAACCAAGCACACGUAGAGGAUACUCCAAAAAGAAAAGGAACCAAAGUGUUUGGGAGCCUUGAAAGGGGGUUGGAUAAGGUUAUCACUGUGCUUACCAGGAGCAGAAGGAAGGGCUCUGCCAAAGAUGGGCCAAGAAGACUAAAGCUUCACUAUAAUGUGACUACAACCAAACUAGUGAAUCCAGAUCAACUCUUGAAUGAAAUAAUGUCUGUUCUUCCAAAGAAGCAUGUUGACUUUGUACAAAAGGGGAACCUUAACUACAGAAUACUUCUUUUGGCAUGUCUGAUGAUGACUGCUCAUUUUUAAGAGAUGAAGACCCCAAACACAUAACUAAGAGAAAGAAUGAUAUUUUGUAAAACCUCAAAUACAUAACAGAUACAAGUAAUUUCUCCACGCUUCUGUGGAACAGUACCUAAUCACAUGCCCCACAUAUUUAGGGAACUGAUAUUUAAAAUUGAUCCUGUUGUCUAUUAUUUAGUAAGACAAAUAAAAUGAAAAUAUUUUGCAAACUAAUUAAAAAGUUGAUUUACAUGAAUUCAAUUUAUGUAACUUUGCAAGAACAUACCUGAUUCUUAAGUCUUAAGAUGUCUUUAAGGCUUCAUUUGGCCUGGGCUUUUCCAUUUUCAGAAUUGUUAUAUGGCAGUUCUAAUUUUAUUUCUACACACACACACACACACACACACCAUGUGUUUCAACCAUGGAAAUGGACCAUCUCCAUGGGCUUUCUGUUAUAACUCUGCCAUAAAGUGUAAUGAUCAUAACCUCUUAUUACUAUUAGAAAACCUCAGAAACACACACCCUUCUGACAGGUUGGUGGCUUCAGCUUUAUUUAUAUGAAAGAAUUUUCUGAUGAGGUGCACA